CUGAGCAGCGUCGCUGUCUUUUCAGCACCACUCACUCACAAUCCAACCAACCGGAGAGGCAAGACAGCAAAACUGAGUUCUCUGCAGCCCGAUUUGGGGUUUUUUUUCCCCUUUCCAUCUCUUUUUCUUUCUCUGUGAUGAUAACAACUCAAUAGACUGCAACUCAUUUCCCAGUAAAGGAGUUAUCAAAACCUGUUUUUCUUGCACCAUCUGCAGAAAGAAUUUAGAUUUGCUGGUGUCUAUUUAUUUAAGAGGACCGUGAGUUUGGUGGAUGUCUGCUGUUAUGAUUUUUCACUGCGGAUUCUGAUCUAGUUUUUUGCCAUGGUUACACUGUAGAUGAAGUUUGAUAUUUUUUCAUCCUUUCUUUCUUCUUGCUACACUUUGAAAGUCCAGAAAAAUGUCCGCGGCCACUUGAAUGAAUGAGUUGUGUUAUAGGAAGUUUGGGGGUUUUUUUGUUUAUUAUUAUUUUACAGAAGAUUUUCAAACGUUAAGUGCGUAAUUUAGGAUCAUUUUCCCCUUUUUUACGGUGGGAUUUGUGUAGUCUAUCUUGUCAGGAUGCUGACCUUAGUAGUUGGACUAUUGUAUCUAGUCGCUGGACGCGCGGUGCGAAGCCAGGAUGCUACAGGUAGCCGCUUUGUAUGUAACGCUAUUCCUCCGGGCGCAGAGCCCGGCUGCGGGUAUGGUCCUACGGGGAACCGUGUCCAGAGCAGCAGCCCAGUGGAGGACGAGCUUCGGAAUACGAUCAUCCAGCUUAGGGAGACCAUCCUGCAGCAGAAGGAGACCAUCGUGAGCCAACAGGGAACCAUCAAAGAGCUCAACUCUAAGCUUGCGCGCUGUGAGGCGGCAGCCGACGAGUCGUCGCAGGGCAAGUCCCGAGGUCAGGGCUCCAGACGGAAGGAGUACGGCAAGAACACCAUGGGAGACUUGCCCCGGGACCCCGGUGAAACUAUAGAUCAACUGGGCAAGACCAUGCAGAGUCUUAAAGGUCGGCUCGAGAACUUGGAGCAGCAGAGUUUGCGUCUCCCCAUCACAAAUGUGUCAACCGCUGGUGUCUCGGCCCUGACUCCCUUGCCACCAGAGCUCAGGGAGCUGCUGCGGCAACGUUUGGGGGCGCUGGAGACCCAGCUCCUCCGGAAGGUGGCUGAGCUGGAGGAGGAGAAGAGCCAGCUCUACAAUGAAACAGCAGCCCACCGCCAACGCACCGAGAGUGCGCUCAAUUCCCUCCUGGAGAGGAUUACAGAGCUCGAAAAAAAUAAUAAUGCCUUCAAGUCACCUGAGGAUUUCAAGGUGUCCCUUCCUCUCCGUACAAACUACCUGUAUGGACGCAUCAAGAAGAGCCUCCCAGAGAUGUACGCCUUCACUGUCUGCAUGUGGCUCAAGUCCAGCGCUAGUCCGGGAAUAGGAACUCCAUUUUCAUAUGGCGUUCCAGGCCAGGCCAAUGAGAUAGUCCUCAUCGAAUGGGGAAACAAUCCCAUUGAGCUACUAGUCAAUGACAAGGUGGCCCAACUCCCUCUGUCAGUGAGUGACGGGCGCUGGCACCACAUUUGCAUCACAUGGACAACUAGAGAUGGUUUCUGGGAGGCUUACCAGGAUGGCGAGCGUUUAGGCACUGGGGACAACCUGGCCCCCUGGCACCCAAUUAAACCUGGAGGGGUGAUCAUCCUGGGCCAGGAGCAGGACAUUGUGGGAGGCCGUUUUGAUGCCACCCAGGCUUUUGUGGGCGAGCUGAGCCAGUUCAACAUGUGGGACAGAGUACUGCGGCCCGUGGACAUCAUGGGCCUGGCCAACUGUUCAGCUUACAUGCCCGGAAACGUGGUUCCUUGGAUUGAUGCUAACGUGGAAGUGUUUGGAGGUGCGACCAAGGCUGCUCUGGAAAUCUGUGAAGACCGUGCUUUUGAUUCCUAAAAGGAUCCGAUUCAGGAAAACCAGUGUGGCCGCUGGGCUCUGGAAGCUAAAUAUUCUGACUGGUGCUUCUUUCAAAUCCCAAAGGCAAGAGCACCAGUCCAACAUUUUUACAUAUUUAUGUGGUCUGCAUAAUCUCAAAGACUCUGUGUUCAUUGGAAACACAAGUUCAUGUGUCCGUUCAAUUCGAACCCUUAAGACGUUAGAGGGGAUUUCAAAAUUGUUUGCUUAUCUGAAGAAGAUGUGCCGUUGCAUCAGUCUGCUGUAAUGAUAUGAGCUGCUGUCAUUUCGUGUUUUCUCCUCAGUAGAUCAACUUUUAUUCGACUCCUCUUUGAAAACAGCUCUUCUUGGUUGCAUUCCUUAUAAUGACAAUGCUGCACUGUAUCCAUAGUCGAUGUGAGCUCCAAACAGGCUUUGAUGUGCUGUGGAAAACCAUUCCUAAGUAACAUGGCAGAGCAGUACACACUGUGAGCUUCCUUGCUGUUUGAAAAGCAAUGAAACAGAGAAGCCAAGGAGUGAGGUGAAAUGAGGUGGACGCUCACAAGUUCAAAGUGGGCGAGAACAACCCUUGCUGUUGAUUAUUUUCGAGGUAUUCCAACAUGGCAGACUGUCUAAAUAUUAUGCAUGAGCCUGAGCAGCUCACAAGUGGCAGUGCAUGCUUUCUGUUUACACACACAGUGUUGCGGGGUGUGUCUAAACAAGUCGAUGCCGCUUUCUGACAACAUUGCAUCAGUGUGUGUAUGUUCAUGUGCGUGAGGCUUGUCUUGCGUGUAGAAGGACUGGAGAUUAUGAGGGAUGGAGGACAUUUUCAUUCUUGUAAAUCUAUGCUUAAUACCUCACUGCCCCUUGAGCAGCUGCCAUAUCCCAAACAGCUUUAUGGAUGGGUUGGCUUUGCUCAGGUUAAUAGCAAUGUCGGACAGCUGCCCAGGACUGGCGAAUCAACUGAGCUGCGGAUGCCAGCAGAGUGCUCAGUGAGGGCAGAGGCUGGGUUUGACCUUCAAGGACAAUCCUUAAUUCCUCAUCUGGGUAGUAAUUAUAUGUGUUAAUGACUGAGUGUGCUGGUGAGCAGCCCCGGUCCACUGGUGUUUCUCUAAGCCAAGUGGUUCACAGCUGAUAAAAUAUUGAGAUGUAAAGGGGAAGUCAAAUGAGAGCAGCACUCUGUGGGCGUUAUGAAUGUUGCUGUCAGGUGGAGUUUGAUAUUAAUUGCCUCACACUAAGCCAGAAAAAAAAGUCUAAAUCGAUGGAUAUGUUAUAUUAAAAAAUAUAUAUAUAUAUAGGAAACUGAUGGAUCUUGUUACUGCUUGGUUAAUAAAACCUUUUACGCUUUUUGCAGCUUAAUUAUUGUUACUUCUUGUUGUUGUGGUGGACAUUUGUUUCAUCUUGAUUUGAUUCCUCUAAGGAAACAGAUAUAAGAGAGGCAACAAAUGAUAUAAACUUUGUUAUCACCUCUAGACUUUCUUUUAGGCUCCUUGUGGACUUCUCCUGACUGAGUAGAUACUAGCGUAAAAGCCAUUAAAAAGCUUCUACACACAGCUGACAGAACUAGGAUGCAGUAGGUAACUGGACAGCACAGAAUGUGGCAGAGAGCGAUGGUCCACGCUUAAUAGCAUAAACAUAAAGACGUGUGAUCAUUUUGUGAUUGUUCUUCUUUUCUGUGUCUUUGUUAACAGUGUUUUAAUGUGAAAUCAAGAAAUUGGAUUUCAGCAAAGUGUAUUUUUCUUGCUUUCUGCUCAUGAUUUUUGUCCAUUAGCAGCACAUCAUGUUAAAAAAAAAAACAGAUGGAGAAAUUGUUUGUUUUUUUAAUUGUGAAAAAGGCCUUUUGCGAAAACCAUAUGUGCUUUUUCUUGUGAAAUUUUGGUCAGCUUUUAAGGCGCAGCUCAGCAGCACAGACAACAAGGGACACACGAAAAUGCAAAAAUGUGUUUGCUUUCAAUGUUUUAAAGUCCUCUUUAUGUGCGUGCAGGUUUUUGGUUGUGCACUUUUCUGCGGUGCGGUUGAAUGUCCUUUUGCACCCAUUAAAAGAGCGAGAACGAGUUCCCGAGACGUGAUAAAUUAAGCAGCAACUUAAUGAUGUGAUGGAAUAAGUGAACAUGCGCUUGAAACAGUCGAAGCAUGUUUUAUUAAAAUAUCAUUGCGCUGCAUUAGUGAUGAUGUCAGAGAGGAGUGUAACCCUGCAAAGGUCAUGGCUCUAUUCUUCACUGAUGUUUCUAAAUUAGGAAACCUUACUUUAAUCUUUGAGGGAGAUUUAAAAAAAGCUCCUUUUUUUUACUGUAACAUUUUUGGUUGCAUUAAUUUUAAUGGAGACGUGGGCGCUUGUCCAGUUGGUAGCCAUAUUAUUUGUAGGACUAGGAUAUGUCCUCUCAUCUGGGCAAUGAAAUGUUGUCAGCAGCGGAGAAAUCCUCUGGAUUGGCAGACUUCCAGGUGGAAAUGAAAAAAUCUGCCCAUGCGGAUUAUGGGAGCUGCUACAAUGUAGGACACUGUGAGCCUUCUUCAUUCUCUUCUCGACCCUGUGUGUUCUGAUGCCGUCGCCACUGCGCUGGUGGAGGCGCACCAGGGAGCCCCUGUUUUUAUAAGAGAACAAUAUGAGGCCUUCAAAAAAACAAACAAACAAACAAAAAAUACCAUCAAAGAAAUAUAUAUAUAUAUAUAUAUGUAUGUGUUAUGUUUGUUUUUUUGUUUUGCAUAUUCUAUAUUUCUGUAUCUAUUUUCAUUCCAUUGCUGCUGUAACACUGCACAUCUUGAUGUUCUGAAAUGUAAAGUAAAAAUUUGCAGUUAAAUUAAAGAAUCCCACUUGCAUUUACAUAAAUGAUGGAUACACUAGUUUUUUGUUUGUUUGUUUAUUUUGAUAUUCGUUGAGGCUCUUUUUUCACAUGCCUACAGAACAGUUCGCCACAGAGUUAAUGACAAAAACUCGUGGCUUCUCAUCAUUUCUAUCUGCACUCAGCUGU